UAAGCACAAUCGAGAAAUUUCAAACCGAACGGUCCUUUCCUUUCUCUGCUCUCUCUCUCUCUUGUGUCCUGCGGGUCCGCAAAGGUUGCCUCUUUCUGUCCUCUUUGUCUCUCCGCUUCUCUUCAAUUCGCUCACUUGUGUUCUCUUCUCUGGGUCCCUCACUUCACCUAUCUGUCCGAGCCAUGGGCAUAGCUCAAGAUGGAGAGGGAAAGAAGCAGAAGCCAGAGAAGCUGCUCCGGAGAAGACGAUCGGAGCCUCCUCAGAGAGUUCGCAGCAAGAAAGUGGUGGUCUCCUGCGAUGAGCGGAUGCCCAAAUGUGAGAAGAGGAAGAGGUCCACAGUUGAUGGGCCGUUCUCUGUUGUUAAUACUCAUGUCAUGGAUCGAGCAAAAGAGGUUCAAUCAUGUUUACAGCAGGAAUUUCCAAGCCUCGUCAAGCCCAUGGUAAAAUCACACGUUGCCGGCGGGUUCUGGCUGGGACUUCCUAAGGGGUUCUGCACUCUUCAUUUGCCUGAAGAUGAUGCAAAGAUUAUAUUAGAAGACGAAAGUGGUAAAGAACAUGAAACGAAGUAUCUUGCAUAUAAAUCGGGCCUCAGUGGUGGUUGGCGAGGCUUUUCGAUCGCUCACAGUCUAGUGGAGGGAGACGUUUUAGUAUUCCAUUUAGUCGAGCCUACCAGAUUUAAGGUUUACAUUGUGAGAUCACGUUCUUUUGGCGAGGUCGAUGGAGCUCUUGGCCUUCUAGGAUUGGAUCCUUGCUUGAAGACAAUGUCUUCAGGUACUUGCUUCUUCCUGAGAAACCUGACACCAUCAUGUUUCCUAUUGGUCCUUCAGUUCGUUUCUUCUAUUUUGGUCAUGAAAUCUGCAGAGAAUGACAAAAAGACAUGCGAAGAAAUAGAAGACGACGAGUACUGGGAACCUCUCGCAUACGAGAUCCCUCUAGAAAAUGGUGAAGACAAUGAAGAUCCAGUUCCAGAAUUGUUGGAUGGGAUCAGAUUCUCUCAGUCUGUAAUCGAUUUUAAAGAUGUAAGGAGUAUAGAGGAUUUCACGAUAGUAGUGGACAGGUUGGUUAUAGACUCCGAGUUCUCCAAGAAUCUCCGAGCAAAGUAUUACGACCUCUGCUGCAGCCAAAGGUCAUUCCUUCAUGAGAAGCUCCUAGAGGGUCUCAAUUGUAAAUUGGCUGCAGGAAUAAUCUCCGAGACCAUGAACAUAGCUGACGCUAUCAGAGCCUCUAGGAUCACGACCUCUCCGGAAUAUUUUGCUGUUUGGGAAAAGACUCUUAAGGCAUUCGCUGAUCUUGGCAUGGAGGUUGGAUUCUUACAAGCUCGGUUGGAACUACUCACAAACCUUGUCGGAUCGAAGAGGAUAAAAAUUGCAAGGAGUGAACAAGCUUCUGCAGAAGAGGAGGUGAGCAGACUCGAAGCUAAGAUUAUGGAAGCAAAAGAAACCAUCAGUAAGCUCGAUGCUGAGAUCAAGACUCUAGAAAAGAACAAAAAUGGGCUCGAGUUGAUGUUUCACGAUCUUGCUAUGGCUCCAUGGUGAUGAAAAAUUUAUUUUAGGGGUUGCGAUGCAAUUUCUUUUACCCCUCUUCAGUUAGCAAGUUGUCAAAGGAAAUAUUUUUUGGGUCCUUUUGGUUUAGUAUACAGGAGAGGGACAUGUUGUAGAUAUGAAGCUCUGCAGGAAAUGGGUGUAUCAAACUUAGAAGCAGCAGCUAUAUAUAGAACUAUUAUUUUUUCUAGUUAAUGUUAAAAUUUUCAUGGUUUCGUAUGCUA